GCCAUUUAGGACACAGUUGAGUAACCUGCAGUCACGCGCUCGCUUGAUAAAUUUACGCCCUUCGGUAGUUUUUACUAAACACCGCGACAGUCUGUGCAGGAAAUACCUUUGGUUUAAAUAGUUUUUUUUACAUUAAAAAUUGGAAAAGAUUAAAAAUGAACAACACGCUGUUGAUCGCUCUUGUGCUUACAUGUGUCGCCUUGCUACUGUGUAUAAUAAGCACUGCCAUUCCCUACUGGUGGAGUAGUGACAAUUUUGACCUAGGACUCUUCCGGUAUUGUGGAACAAUUAACAUCCUUGGAACCUCUAGUACGUCUUGUGGAGAAUUCUCUGAUGUACCGGACUGGAUGAAAGCCACUCGUGCAAUGAUGGUACUGUCCAUCCUUGCUCUGGGUGCAAGCAUCUUACUGUCUGUCCUGUUUGGAUUCAUUAUGAAGGAGAAACAGUUCUUGGCUAUUUUGGCAGCCUUCAUGUGCUUUGCUGCAGCUGGCCUGGCGAUACUUGGUGUUAUCAUAUACGGUGCCAAGGCCCCGCUCAAAAGUUUCGAUCUGGUUUACGGUGAAGGAUCCCUUCAUGCCGGCUUUGGACUGGCAAUUAUAGCGGCCAUUGCUGCUGUUGUUGCCGGAGUAUUUGUCUUCCUGUCAAAGGGCAGGAACGUGUAAUCAAAAGGAAAGAAAGCCUGGCCACUUUUUAUAUAUGCUAUAUAUUCAUUAAUAAAUUUUUAUGCAUCUUAUUACCAUUCUCGCCCAGCCUUAUUUAAAGUUCAUUGUUUACGAGUUAUCGCUUGAGCCAUAAUGAUACUAAGACAUUAUAUCAAUCAAGUAUAUAUACUAUUGUGUACCAUUCAAAACCUUCCAUGAAAUAGAGUUUUUACACAUACACAAGUUAAGUUUGUUUAUAAAGAUACUUUGAAGUAACUGUUUGUAUUUUUAAAGGUGAAAUUUGGGUAAACAAUAUCUUUAAGAAUUAACAGGGUAGACAGUGUAAUUUAAAGCGGGCAACUGUGAAUGAAAUUAUUGCCUUAUAUAAUUGAUUGGGUUUUUAACCAAUGUCAUGCCUUCAAAGGCCUAUGUCAUUUUCUUUUUACAUUGUACAUAGAUCUCAGUUUUAUUUUGCUCUCUACUUGACAGGUCUAUGAUUUGCAUUUUCAUCAUGAAUCUCAUGGAAACUUUGGUAUACACUCCAUUACAAUUUUGAUUCGCAUUUGAUCGGAUUUGGCACCGUGUUUAAUUGGCUGAAAGUAUGUUUUCUUGCAUCAAGCACGAGUCUCGCUUUCACUUUGAUUUAUUCAGCACAGACAUUGUACUUGAAAAAAAAGUUAUUUACAGACAUAUGAAAUGCUUUGUGUCUUCUGCAGCUAAAAAGAAUAAAAUGUAUUUAUUGUGUUUACACCUAGUGAUUAAGAAGGAUGGUGCAUUGUUGACAUGGAAAUUCAUUCACGGCUUUUAUCAUUAGAUUAAUCAAUAUGCAUCCACUAUUGACAUAUAUGGCACGACCACAUGCUUGGCAAGCAAAUUGUUCAUUGCAAUGCUGCUGUUUACGAACUAUGUUCAAGAGGCGAUGCCUUUCUUUUACUUUUUCUUUUGCUUAUAUGUAUAGAUAGUCCUUGUGUGUUAUUUUAUACAUUGUAUUUUGUAAAAUGAAUAAAAUAGUCAAAAUCGUU